AUGAGUGCCAACCUGAUGAUGCCACCUAGUGCCCUGUUCCUUGCAACCUCCACUGCUACUGGCUCCCAGUCCAGCAAAUGUGUAUGCACCAACACUUUACUCAACUCCAUGGAGACAUCAUCUUACAAUUCCAGUGGCACCCCCAUGGCCAGCUAUGCCAACAGUCCCCAGUCAUCAUCUCUCUCCCUUUUGUCAACAUUGGCGCCAUUGUUCCAGCCACCAGCCUUGAAGAAGGCUCAAGUGUCAACGCAUGGUAGCUUGCAGAUGGGGGUGAGCAGCACUGCUAAAGUCGCUGCCAAGAUCACACCAAUGGCCACCGUCAUGAACAUGCAAGGCACUAUAAAUUGCCUCACUGAUGUUAUCGAGAGGAAUAUGAUGGCUCCAUCUGACCUACUUGUUGCGCCAACCAUAAUAUCCUGUGGCCUGUUGAUUUUGCAUGGUGCAGAUGGAGAUCUGCCUGUUUCUCAGAGAGCCAACCUCUUGCAGAUACUUUUGUGCUCUGGAGGCAAGAACAAUCUCGCUGUAUAUGUUGGGCUGGAGGAUGACUUUGAGAUGCGCUUAUCUACCUCAUGUAUCACAUAUCACAUUCUUUGCAAUGCCAAUGGAUUCUCCAUGUCUUUGCUGGCGGGAAUGGAUCAGGAGUAG